CCCGAAACUGUGUUUUUUUUUCUCAUCCAACCGCUGCAGCAAGUUGGGGCCUCCGUUUGGGGUUCCGUUGUCUCGAUUGUCGCCUCCACUCCUACAUCGUCGUCGCUCGCUCGUCCGCUCGUUCGCUAGCUCGCCGACUGCGACCCUACGUGCCAUUUGUUUUGAAUAAUCCGAAUAAAUUCAACGCGCCCCGAAACUGCAUAUAAAAAUAGCCCAGCCAGCGUGCAAAAUAGCGGGUCGAAAGUCGAAAUAAAAAAAAAAUUGUUAACAAGUGUGCGGAGGCGAUUUUUCCCCAUCUAUACUACUACUAGUUGUUGUUGAAAUUUAAAAAAAAAUUAGAAGAAAAAAAAGCACACACAUAAAACACAUAAAUUUUUGAUUAUUUACGGUGUGUGUGUGGCAUUUAAAGUUUCCCGCAAAAACGUAAAGUUCGUGGUUAGUUUGUUGUGAUUUACUGAAACCCCACCCCCUUCAGUCCAGCCUCCACUCCAUCCCCAAGUUGUGCCCGAAAGAAAGUCCUGAUUUUCUGGCCUAAGAAAGUGGUUUUUUAAUUUUCUUUUUAAAAUCUUUCUAUUCAACAAACUGCUUACCGAAUGUCCGAAAACAAAGGCAUCAUGCUGGCCAAAUCAGUUCAAAAACACGCUGGACGUGCCAAGGAGAAGAUUCUACAAAACUUGGGAAAAGUGGAUCGCACCGCAGAUGAAAUCUUCGACGAUCACCUGAACAACUUCAACCGCCAGCAGGCGAGUGCCAACAAACUACAAAAGGAGUUCAACAACUAUAUACGAUGUGUUCGCGCCGCACAAGCCGCCUCCAAGACUCUGAUGGACGCCGUUUGCGAAAUUUAUGAGCCACAAUGGAGCGGAUACGAUGCCCUUCAAGCACAAACCGGCGCCUCGGAGAGCCUGUGGGCGGACUUUGCCCACAAGCUGGGGGACCAAGUGCUCAUUCCCCUCAACACAUACACUGGACAGUUUCCAGAAAUGAAGAAAAAAGUGGAGAAGCGCAAUCGGAAGCUGAUUGAUUACGAUGGACAGCGUCACUCGUUCCAGAAUCUGCAAGCCAAUGCCAACAAGCGCAAAGAUGAUGUCAAGCUAACCAAAGGACGUGAACAGCUGGAGGAGGCCAGACGCACUUAUGAGAUUCUGAACACGGAACUGCACGAUGAACUGCCUGCUUUGUACGAUUCGAGAAUACUGUUUUUGGUUACCAACUUGCAGACCCUUUUCGCCACAGAACAGGUCUUCCACAAUGAAACCUCCAAGAUCUACUCGGAACUAGAGGCUAUUGUCGAUAAACUGGCCACAGAAUCACAGCGCGGAUCGAAUACCCUAAGGAAACAAACUAGCAAUGCCAUCAAGACAUCCAGUCCAGUGCAGUCGCCGGUCAACAAGCUCAACAACGCCAACAUCAACAGCAGCAACUACCAGAAUCAGAUUACCACAAACGGUGGCGGCUCCAGUCUGGCCAACAGCCCCACAUCCACCAACUCUUCGCUGCAAGAGCCGAGAUUUGAUUCAGUUUCUUCAACACCAGAACCGACCCCCGAUUCCCCGGCAGCGCCCAGCAGUCCCACGGAAAACGGUGGUGGUAGUGGUGGUGGUGCCACCGCAAAGCCAGUGGAGCGUCCCGAGCUGACAGGUCUGAAUGGGUCGAGUGGCAAGGCAACCACCACCACCCAGACCUCACCGACGGAGGAGUCAACCGCAAAGGCGGUAGCGGCAGUGGUGGCGGAUACCGGAGCUGGGGACUUGACAGUACCACCCACCACCACCCCCCAAGUCAAUGGCAACAACAAUGAUCCACCUGCCCACCCGGUGGCAGGUGCAAAGGAAGGUGGCAAGCAACCAAAGGAACUGCCGACCAGCAACAGCAAUGCCGAGGCAGCGGCCGAGGCGGCUGCCAACAAUGGCAACUCGAUCGAGGAGCACAAGCAGAAGAAACUAGGUAAUGACACCAAAACUGAAACACUCAGAAUAUCAGAUCCAAAAGAUACAACCACCGAUACAGUCACCCAGCACUUAGUUACAUCUACCAAUACCGAUACAGAUACCGAUACAGAUACAGAUAAAUUAGACGCAACCAAGUCAGAUACAGAUACUAUUACCAAGACCAGUCAGAGCACAGUCACAAAUACCAGUCAGAGCAUUAGACCCAUAGUUAAUAGGCACAGCGGUAAUAAGGCUAAUAAGAAUCCGUUCGAGGAAGACGACGAUCGCAUCUACGAGGUGCCCGCUGAUGCCAACACUGCUGACCUGCCGGCCGGCGUGCUCUACCGCGUCAAGGCCACCUACGGCUACGUCAAGGAGGAUGUGGACGAGCUGAGCUUCGAGAUCGGUGACAUAAUUCGGGUUAUCGAGUACGACGAUCCAGAGGAUCAGGAGGAGGGCUGGCUGAUGGGUCAGAAGGAGGGCACCACCGAGAAGGGACUCUUCCCCGCCAACUUUACGCGUCCCAUCUGAGCCGGAGGACUGGAGAGAUCGAGGAGCAACCGAGCAAGCAACGAACCAACUUCAAAACCAACAAUUAUUCUUCUUUAAAAAACACAUUUUUCGAGCGGAGAUCCAACCCCCACCCCAGUUCACAUUUCGGCCAAAUUUUCUUUGUGAGAGCGCUGCUUCAAGUUUUGUCCAUUUAAUAAAUUCUUGUUCUGUGAAUUGUAUUCUUGAAAUGAAAGCAAUCUUUUGAUUGAUUGUUAGGCAGUGCUUCCAACUAAAAAAAAAAAAAGAAACAAAAUAUAUAUUUUAUUGUUAAUGAAAAAAAAAACCAGAAAACAAGAGAUGAGGAGAUGAUGAUGAUGAUAUAUUUUGAAGAGAAUGUUUCAAACAUUAUUUUUUAGUUCUAAGUUUCGAAAGAAAAACAAAAGAAAUCUAAAGCAUAAACCUACUUAUACAUAACAUACAUAUAUUAUUUGUUAAUCAUAUUAUUGUGCUCAUAAUUAAUGCGAACAAAGUGUAUCUAAUUUGUAAUUUGUUACAGAACCACAAAUUUUUGAACGCAUAUCACUCGAAAAGCCACAAGAGUAAUUGUUAAACAAAUGUCGAAAAAAAGAAGAGGAUGUCUGAACCUUUUAUAUGUGUAUUUUGAAAAUAUUUAGUACGAGUUUUUUAUAGUCAAUUGAGUGUAUUUUUGGGGUGAUACGAAAAACAAAAAACAAAUGGCCAGUUGAAAUUUACUUUGGGCGUUACCACCUGUUUCUCCCCUGAGUUUUGGAAAUCGUUUCUUUUUCAAGUAACCACUUCUAACGUCUAGCAAUUAUUUUUAUUUUAAUUCGUAAUUUGUAACUUGUGUUUCUUAAUUUGUCGUCAGAGAGAGACUCGAACUAGAUGCAGCUUUAUAACACGAACACAAUCCAAUAGUCACUAACCGAUCGAUUCGACGUUUUUAUUUUUUAACUUGAUUGUAAAUCGCAUACGAAACCCGAAAUAAUUGUUUAAAUUUUGCACACUGUAAAGUUAUUUUAAUUUUAUUUAAUUUAAUACUUAUUUAUCGCAUGAACAUAUUGAACAAAUGAUAAUAAUUUACAGAAAUGCAAAUAAAACAUAGAUUAAAUAAA